AUGGGGAUGUUGAUCACGAUAUCAGUCACGGCGAUCAAUCGCUCUUUGGCCAUCUGGGGACCUGAUGCAAAGGAAUUCAAACCUGACCGUUGGCUGGCAGAAGAAGGUAUCAGCGGGAAGGCCAAGGAAGGCCAAGGUCAUAGACAUCUGCUGACAUUUGUCGACGGCCCGAGGACAUGUCUUGGAAAAGACUUUGCAAUUGCAGAAUUCAAGGUGACUUAA